GCGGCGGUAGCGGCAGCGGCCGCGGCGUCUUCAGCGGCGCCCAGUGCAGGAUGGUGCUGGAGGCGGCGGCGGCGGCCGUGGUGGCGGCGGCAUCGUUGGCGGCAGCGGGAGGGGGUGCUGUGGCGGCAGCGGCGCCCGCGGGUGGUGUAAAAUGGCGGAUUUCGAGGAGUUGAGGAAUAUGGUUUCUAGCUUUAGGGUUUCUGAACUACAAGUGUUACUAGGCUUUGCUGGACGGAAUAAAAGUGGACGCAAGCAUGACCUCCUGAUGAGGGCGUUGCAUUUAUUGAAGAGUGGCUGCAGCCCUGCCGUUCAGAUUAAAAUCCGAGAAUUGUACAGACGCCGAUAUCCACGGACUCUGGAAGGACUUUCUGAUUUGUCCACAAUCAAGUCUUCGGUUUUCACAUUGGACGGUAGCUCAUCACCUGUAGAGCCUGACUUGGCCGUGGCUGGAAUCCACUCGUUGCCUUCCACUUCAGUUACACCUCACUCGCCGUCCUCUCCUGUUGGUUCUGUGCUGCUUCAAGAUACUAAGCCCACGUUUGAGAUGCAGCAGCCAUCUCCCCCGAUUCCUCCUGUCCAUCCUGAUGUGCAGUUAAAAAACUUGCCCUUUUAUGAUGUCCUUGAUGUUCUCAUCAAGCCCACGAGUUUAGUUCAAAGCAGUAUUCAGCGAUUUCAAGAGAAGUUUUUUAUUUUUGCUCUGACACCUCAGCAAGUUCGAGAGAUAUGCAUAUCCAGGGAUUUUUUGCCAGGUGGUAGGAGAGAUUAUACAGUCCAGGUUCAGCUGAGACUUUGCCUGGCAGAGACAAGUUGCCCUCAAGAAGACAACUAUCCCAAUAGUCUAUGUAUAAAAGUAAAUGGGAAGCUGUUUCCUUUGCCUGGCUAUGCACCACCACCUAAAAAUGGGAUUGAACAGAAGCGCCCUGGACGCCCUUUGAAUAUUACAUCUUUAGUUAGGUUAUCUUCAGCUGUGCCAAACCAGAUUUCCAUUUCGUGGGCAUCAGAAAUCGGAAAGAAUUACUCCAUGUCUGUAUAUCUUGUACGACAGCUCACAUCAGCCAUGUUAUUACAGAGAUUAAAAAUGAAAGGUAUUAGAAACCCUGAUCAUUCCAGAGCACUAAUUAAAGAAAAACUUACUGCAGAUCCUGACAGUGAAAUUGCUACAACUAGCCUCCGGGUAUCCUUGAUGUGCCCCCUAGGGAAGAUGAGGCUAACGAUCCCAUGCCGUGCAGUGACUUGUACACAUCUACAGUGUUUUGAUGCUGCCCUUUAUCUGCAAAUGAAUGAGAAGAAGCCCACCUGGAUUUGUCCUGUGUGUGACAAAAAGGCUGCCUAUGAAAGUCUAAUUUUAGAUGGGCUUUUUAUGGAAAUUCUCAAUGACUGUUCUGAUGUGGAUGAGAUCAAAUUCCAGGAAGAUGGCACUUGGUGUCCGAUGAGACCGAAGAAAGAAGCUAUGAAAGUGUCCAGCCAGCCGUGUACAAAAAUAGAAAGUUCAAGUGUCCUCAGUAAGCCUUGUUCAGUGACUGUAGCCAAUGAGACAAGCAAGAAGAAAGUGGAUGUUAUUGACCUAACAAUAGAAAGUUCUUCUGAUGAAGAGGAAGACCCUCCUGCCAAAAGGAAAUGCAUCUUUAUGUCAGAAACACAAAGCAGCCCAACCAAAGGGGUUCUCAUGUAUCAGCCAUCCUCUGUAAGGGUGCCCAGUGUGACUUCGGUUGAUCCUGCUGCUAUUCCGCCUUCAUUAACAGACUACUCAGUACCAUUCCACCACACGCCAAUAUCAAGCAUGUCAUCAGAUUUGCCAGGUUUGGAUUUUCUUUCCCUUAUUCCAGUUGAUCCCCAGCAGUACUGUCCUCCUAUGUUUUUGGAUAGUCUCACCUCACCCUUAACAGCAAGCAGUACGUCUGUCACCACCACCAGCCCCCAUGAAAGCAGUACUCAUGUUAGUUCAUCCAGCAGCAGGAGUGAGACAGGGGUCAUAACCAGCAGUGGAAGUAACAUUCCUGACAUCAUCUCAUUGGACUAAAGGAGGACUCCCUCGAUUCUAGGAAUCAUUCAUCAAAACUGUUCUUUCUUGGAUCUCUGGUCCGUGGAAGCUAUUUUUUUUUUUUGUAACAGUUACUUUGAUAUUUAUUGAAACGUCAAAUGGAUUCUUUUGCUUUCUGAGAUGGACACAGAUGACUACAGCAAGAACCAAAUGACAUGCAAGAAUUUUUCUUAUUCAUGCUAUACUCUGAGCAUCAGAUACAUUCGGCCAUAACUGUAUCUUCUCGAGAGAUGGAUUUCAGUUUCAUGUGUUACUGGAUGGAUUCUGCGUACACAUCAGUUACAAAUUUUUUUGUUGUAAUAAACAGCAAUAAAAUUAUGUAAAUAUUCAAGUAAACUUUUUUUCUAACUAAAAAGAUGUAAUCAGUGAUUCUAAAAUGAUAGCAAGUUUUGUUUAACCUGAUGUGAAGGAAAAAUACAUGGAAGGAAGUCAUGUUUGCUGAAUGAGUCCUUUCCACGGAGAUUUGUUCCAUUUCAUUGAAGUUAUGAAACGCUGAUAAGUGGCCAGAGCUUGGGUUCCUCUGUUCUUCCUGCAGUUCUCUUUUGUUCCUGAUGCCAUCAAAGAAAAAUGGCUAGUGUUAUGUAUUUUUCUCUGGUUGUCACUGACACUCUGAUGUUGUUUGCUAGCAGUUGCAGAGGGAAAUUCUGGGAUUUGACUGCUCUUUCUCAGUGAUAGUGCUGAAGAACACUAUGCAGAUUCUGCCCUGACAGAGCGUGUGUUAUUUUUGGUAAUUGUACAUGCUCAUUCUAGAGAUAUCUAUAAAAUUGGGCUUGCCUUCUCGAAAAAGAAAUUCUAUGCAGCCGUUAAAUGUUGAGUGAAAUGUUUUUGGAGUAACAUGUGGCUAGAAUGUUCAUUAGGAUUUUGUUCACACUGAUCAGAAACAUUGAGAGCUUUGAGGCAGCAAAAGACCAGAUUUGGGGGAGACGGGAAUAACAGAGUUUCUUUUCCUAGGAACUUCUUUUGCUUAUUUGUUUUGUAGAAUAAUAUACAAAUCUUUGAAAGUUUUCAGAUUUUACUAACACUAAGAAUGCAAAUAUGUUAUAGGACCCUGGUCUUAUUUCUUACCAGUUAUAAUUUCAGCGUCUGUGAUGAUUUUCAAACUUAAGGGAAACACAAACAAUAGCAAAGCAUGGGUACUGCAUCAGAUUUCCUUUCACUUUUUAAAAAAGGCAGUCUUAACUGAUACCAUGAAGGACAAACAAUUAGAAAUGUUUUGUUUGAAUUUGAGUAAGGAAGGUUUGGGGAAGAUGGGUUUGUAGCCCACUUUGAAAACCACUCAUUUAGAGUGGGCUUGUUUUUAAAUCAGGAUGGAGUUUUACACUUAGAGGAACAUUUCUAUCCCCAUUUUCUAUUUCCCUUUGUUAAAUUUGGCUUCCUAAAUUUUUGAGUUCUCAAGGAAUUAAUACUUCAUGUUUAGCUUUCUCUCCCUAACUGUAUCUAUUUUAAAAAUAAAACCCUUUUUAAAAAUGA